AUGACUUCCCCUUUCUUCCAGAACCUAUCAGAUUGGGAUAUGUUGCAGGAUCCUUCAGAAAUUUUGUUCCAAUCAUUGUCAAGCAAUAAUGCUGUUCUUGACCCUAUUCAAGAUUCUCUUUCCUUUGAUAUGGUUGAUUUCUCCACGGCACCAGCAGAAGGAAAUCAGAAACAAUUGGUGCGGAAGUGUGAAGAACUGCAGAAUAAGGAGAAGUCUUACAUCGGUGUGAGGAAACGGCCUUGGGGGAAAUAUGCAGCAGAGAUCAGAGACACAACCAGGAAUGGCUCAAGGGUUUGGCUUGGAACCUUUGACAGUGCAGAGGCUGCUGCUUUAGCCUAUGACCAAGCUGCAUUUUCCAUGAGAGGCCAAAAUGCUGUACUCAAUUUUCCAGUGAAAACGGUGAAAGAGUCUUUGCAAGAGAUUCAAUAUAGCUGCAGCAAUGGAUCUUCUCCCGCACUUGCACUCAAGGAGAGGAACUUCAUCCAGAGAAAAUUGUCAUCAAGGGCCAGAAAAUGUAAAGGGAAAGAGACAUCAGAAGCAGCAACACCAGGUGUUGUGGUGUUAGAAGAUUUAGGAGUUGACUAUCUAGAGCAACUUCUAAGCAUAUCAGAUCAAAGUGCAAGCCCUAGCUACUUCAAUUAA